AUGCCCGGCAAGCUCACCCAAAAAGUCCUCGGCCACCUCGGCGUCUCCCACGACCACUCAGGGUCCGGCAGUGUCAGCGGCUGGAAUGUCGCCUCGCACCAUGACGUCUGCUCUUCCAGCAAGAGCGAGUCGGAUAUCAAAGACGGGAAGGGGCGUCGGUCCACCAAGCGCACGACUGGGUGCAAUGAAAGAGGAGAGAUUUACUAUGCCGAACAAGAUCACCAAGGGAACGUCAUCAACAAAUUCUCGUGCCACUGGCAAACCUAUAACACCAACACUCAAAAGUGGGAUUCAUCGUAUUGCAUAUGCGCUGAACAAGAUCCAGACCAGAGCGACAGGUACCAGCAAAAACACCACGAAAAGCUUUCGCGAACCAAAGCCGGAAUCGCCAGUGGCUCCACGAAAUGGAAUUCUGGGCUGAAGGCUACACAUUUGCGCACAACGACUUGCUUUAACCAUUACGAUACACACUAUGUCGUCCACGACAGGUGGAACACCCUCCUUGCUCCCGCAGUUAGCAUCGAGGCAUUGCUGGACCUUGCAUCUCAGGGCAAGAUCCAGCAGCUAAAGACGUUGUUGGAUAGCUUGAGUACCCGGUACAGCCGCAGCUGCGACGUUCGCUACAUUCAGCAACUCCUGCGCUCAGUCAGAGAGAAACGACAAAGGGAACUACAAGAGGCCGCCGACGAAGACGGUGGGGUUUCGCUACUACCCAAGACCCCAGAGAACAAGAAGAAAAUACCGCGUAUCAGAACUGCUGAAGAAUUCCAUGAAAUCAACCGCCGACUUGCUGCGGAUAUUGCGAGUGAGAUCCAUCACCCUAUUACUGAGCAGGACGUCAUCUACAAUACUCCAAGAUUCGAGCGAGAGCGCAAGAUCACAGACCGUGACAAGAUGUUCUCCAAUCCAGCAAAGCAUCUCGCGGUAGAAAGAGCCAUCCUCAAAGUUAAGGAUGAAGUCUUUCGACAAGAAGUGUUUCAGGCCAUUGACAACAAAGCCUCCGGGUCCGGCGAAUGA